AUGUUCCAGGAGUCCAGUAUAUCAGAUGAGGUGGAGAAAGAGCUAGGGAAGAAAGGUCUUAAAGUUACUGUCAGCAACCUCCUACCACCCCCCGAGCUUCCAACGAAGACCAGGAUAACCCGAAGAGUGCCUGAGAGCAAGGAUGAUAACAUAGAUACCUCACAUGCCCGGGGAGCUGGAGAACAAGAUGUUUUGGAAAAUGAGCCAGCUGUUUCUCCCCUUCUGCCUCGUAAGGAAAGAGGUGGAGCUACAGAUGGUGGCGCUACAGAAGAUGACCGUUUGUUUCCCAGUCAGAAAAGAGCCAACCUGUUCAGCACUUUGAUUAAAAGGAAGAAAAAGACAGCUCCUACCCCACCCAAACGCAGUAGCUCCUUUCGUGAAAUGGAACAAAGGUGCUUAGAGGGAGAAAACAGAGAUGCCAGUUUUGGAGGCGACCUUGAUGCGCUAAAAUUCCCAAGUAAUGGGAUGGCAAUGACUAAUGGAUCAGUGCAAGGAAGCAGCGGUUUUAUGCCCUCACAGUGGAAAAAGUCUAGCACUGUUGUAGGUCGGCAGCCAACACCAGGAGAAGAUGAUGGCAACGGCAACACAGGCAAACGAUUUCAAAGAUCCUCUUCUGCAUCCUGUAUGCCUCCUGGGUCAAAAGAUAUGGAGUGGAGGUCAGUCACCCUCCCUAGAGAAAUGUCAUCAUCCAGGUGUAUGUUGGAUGUGUCUAGUUCUGGAAGCAGCCAAAAAGCAGAAAAACCUGCUCUGCCUCGAAAGCGGGGCAAUGAAAGCAAACCAGACUUUACAUGUCCCAGAGGGGCUGUCACACCACCUCCUCGUUUGCCCAAAAAAGGUGAGGAGACAAUGGAUGAAGUGUUUAAAGACCCAGAACCAAGUCCAGAAUCUAGUCCACCCAGUCUGACUCCAAGAUUGCCACGUAGAAAACCUGGUGGUCCUUCCUCCUCUGCAUUACAAAAAGAGGAGACAGGAAACAUCAAAACUGGCACGGACCUAGUUUCCUUAACCAGACAACCAACAGGUCCAGGUAAAACUGAAGCAGAUCUUCGUCUCCGGAGACUAAAGCCAACUGAAACCACCACCAAGGACAAAAUGAAACUAUUGAAGGUCAAACCUAGCCCGCCCCUACCACUUUCCAGCCCAGCCUCAUCAUUGUCUUCCGUCAGCUCUUCCAACUUGGGUAAAUCCACAAAACUUUCCUCACAGAGCCCAAGCCAUGAUUCUAGCACAAGUGAAACAAAGCACAAACUGACAAACCAGAGCGAGGAUCAUUUAAAAAUAAGCACUGCUGUGACUGACAGUGCCAAGAAGACAGUAUUAAUAUCCAACACCAAACCCCAACCAUCUGAGAAACGAGCUGGAUCUCAGGCAGGCAUUGGAGGAGCAGUAGAUCAAACACAGCAACCAGCAUUGUCUUCCUCAUCUUCUACUGCUUUUAUUCCCCUUCUUUCUACAAGAGUUUCUUUACGGAAAACCCGCCAACCUCCAGAGAAACUGCUGAGUGGAACAGUCACAAAGGAGACUUUAUUGGAGAGCACAGAAUGUCUUCGAGCUGCCAUCAACCGUAACUCUGAACAAAUGGCUAGCCACAGUACUGUACUCGAGGCUGCCAAAAACCUGCAUGCUUUCUGUACCAGUUACGUGGACUCUAUUCAACAAAUGAGGAACAAGUUUGCUUUCAGAGAAGCAAUGAGCAAGCUGGAGAACAGUCUUCGAGAUCUUCAAAUCUGCCCCGCUGCUGCCUCCACUGGAGGAGGACCUGCCACACCUCAGGACUUUAGCAAGCUGCUUGCCUCUGUAAAAGAGAUCAGUGAUGUGGUCCAGAGGUAG